GCGGGCCCCGCUGCGCCCGCGCCGGACAUGGCCCCUCCCGGCCGGCUGCGCUCUGCCCGGACCCCCGCCCCCGGCUCGGCGCUGGCCCUGGGGCCCCUCGCCCCGCACUCGCUCGGGCGCACCGCCGGGCUUGGAAACCGGCUGGAGCGAGCGAGUGAGAGAGCAAAGAGGCGGGCGCGGGUGGGAGGAGCAGCCAGCAAACCUAGGAGCCCGGAGAGCGAGCGCCGGGGAGGCAGCAAGGCGGCCGGCGAGCGAGCGCUCCUUCCUCCGGCUCCUCUCGCGUUCUUGCUCUCGGGCGGCGGCGACCCUUCCUCUUCCGAACUCCGGCGCCCAGAGCAAGGGCCUCAGGUCGCUCCCCAAGCCCUGCACGCCCUUGAUCGCACGAGAGGCCGCCUCGGGAGCCCCAGAGUGAGGAGUCCCCAAGACUGCACCACGCCCCCAGUGAACGCUGGCUUGACUGCUGAAUGAAUGAAUGAAUGAAUGUAUACAAGCCUGCAAACAAGAAGCAUCCGGCUGGGAGUACAUCAGAUGCUGGUCUGAGAACUGAGGCCACCAGCAAAGGCUUCAAGACUGUUUAGAGAAAGUCUUGAGUGGGAGCAAGCAGCCUGGUCUCACACCUCAGCCCUGCCACUUGCAGUCGUGUCCCAGGGACUUAACCUCCCAGUGCCUCGGCUCUCCUAUCUGUAUAAUGGGGGGACUAAUAGCGCCUGUCUCCUAGGGAGGAUUCGGGAAGUGAAUUCAGUUCACGCAAAGGACUUCGCAAGGUGCCUGGGGCCCAGAGAAAGCAUUUGAUAGAUGUUAGUCGCCAUCUGGAUGAAGAGGAAAAUAUGUUAACCGGAAAGCCUCCUAAGCUUAAAAAUAACAAC